AUGCGCAUCUUUGUCACAGGUUCCACCGGCUUCGUCGGCUCUGCGGUUGUCAAAGAACUUCUCUCAGCAGGACAUCAAGUACUUGGCUUGGCUCGCAGUGACAAGGGGGUCGAGCAGCUGAAAGCCCAAGGUGUCGAGGUCCUCCGUGGGACUAUCGAGGACUUGGAGGUCCUUAAGAAAGGCGCCUCUGAAUGCGACGCAGUCAUUCACCUGGCAUUCGUCCACAACAUGGCCGACUUUGCUGGGUCUUGUGCCAUAGACCGAGCGGCCAUCUCCGCCUUGGGCUCUGCCCUGGCUGCUGCCGGUGGCAACCGCGCUCUAGUAGUCACUUCGGGCACCAUGCUGCUGCCGCGCGGCAAGAUUGGUAACGAGGCUGAUGCACCUGACAUGAGUACCCCGGUUGCCUCGGCCCGUGGCCCUUCAGAGUCAUUGUGUCUCGACUUCGUCAAGCAGGGUGUGCGCGCCAGCGUUGUGCGCCUACCGCCAACAACGCACGGUCCUGGAUCUUCGGGGUUCAUGUCGUUGCUUAUCCCCGUUGCGAUAGAGAAGGGCGUCUCUGCGUACGCUGGCGACGGCCAGAAUCACUGGUGCGCCGGCCACCGGGACGACGCAGCCAAGUUGUACCGGCUUGCCGUAGAGAAGGCCAAGCCAGGAUCUGUGUUUCAUGCUGUGGCCGAGGAAGGUGUGACACUGAAGGAUAUCGCGACUCAGCUUGGCAAAAGUCUGAAUAUUCCGGUUGUCAGUAUCCCAUUGGAGACAGCAGAGGACUAUUUUGGUGGAUUCAAGGAGCUUGCCACGGCCGAUAACAUAGCUUCGAGCGCCAAGACAAAGGAGCAAUUGGGAUGGAAUCCGACAAACCCAGGUUUACUAGAAGAUAUUCCAGUUAUUGUUAAGAGUUUGACCUCUUAG